AUGCCCAUCACCAUCAACAAGCCCCAAACCGCAGCGCAGCGGCCACGAGCGGCUGCCCGCACCAACGAUGACGGCACAGACUCCGAUUCCGACUCCGAUGGCGGUGCUGAUCUUGGCGGUGACGUGGUCAUGCGCGCGGCCAAGCGCCGCCGCGCGAGCCCCGACGACGAUGACGACGCUCAUGAAAUCCUCACGCCUGGCAGCAUCAUAACCUCCAACGCACAAUGGAUGCGCGGCCACGGCACCUACAUUCCUCCUUCCUCGACAGACAUCACGUCCUCCCUUGCCGGCAUCCUCACCAAGACCAACAAGCUCCUCUCAGUCCGGCCCCUGCGCGCGCGUUACACACCAGAGAUUGGCGACCUCGUCGUCGGCCGCAUCGCCGAAGUUCAAGCCCGAAGGUGGCGCGUCGACGUCGCCGCCUCGCAGCUCGCCAUCCUCCAAAUAUCGGCCAUCAACCUCCCCGGCGGCAUCCUCCGCAAGCGCACGGAGACGGAUGAGCUCCAGAUUCGCUCCUUCUUCGCCGAGGGCGACCUCGUCGUUGCCGAGGUCCAACAGCUCCACCAGGACGGCGCCGCCAGCCUGCACACCCGCAGUCUCAAGUACGGCAAGCUCAGGAACGGCGUCUUCGUGUCCGUCUCCGGCACCGGCGGCGGCGGCGGCGUCGUCAGGUCCAAGAGGCAGUUCUGGACCCUCGAGGCCGCCAACGGCGCCGGCAAGAUCGACGUCCUUCUCGGCGUGAACGGCUACAUUUGGAUCUGCAAGCACACCGAGAGCGAUGCCGCCGCCGAGGCCGCCGGCGUCAACCGAAUGGAAGAGCACACCAGCAGCAACGUCUACUCGAGCCAGAACGACCACAUCGACGUCGCCACCAUGAGGGAGAUUGCCCGGUUUCGAAGCUCGAUCCUCGCGCUGGUGGAAAACGGUCUACGCGUCGACGAGGAAACGGUCACGAGGGCGUACCACGAAGCCGUCGAGAUGGGUAGGGAAUCGAACGACGACGACUUGUACCUCGGAGGCGAAAAGGGCCGGAGACUGGCCGCCAUCAUGGCCGGCCGUUAG